UCUUUUCUCCCUAACUUCACCUUUAUUCUCUCUCUCUCUCUCUCUCUCUCUCCCCUAUAUGUAUAAAUAUAUACAUACACUUUUCUGUAUUCAUCUCUUGAGCAUUCAAGAUCAAAUCUUUUCGAUCAAUUCAAGAUACCCUUUUCAUUGAAAGAGGUUUUCGAUCAAAGGGUUUUCAGGGGUUUAGGUUUUCGGAUCGAAAUUUUCGUUCGUUUUCUUAGGGGUUUAAGGUUUUAUUGGACAAAAGAUGGAAAAUUUCUGUGGAUUUCACAAGGAAGAUGAAGAGCGGAUGGAUUUGCCUCCUGGGUUCCGAUUUCAUCCAACGGAUGAGGAGCUCAUAACACACUAUCUCCACAAGAAGGUUCUCGACAGCGGUUUCUCGGCCAAGGCAGUUGGUGAAGUCGAUCUGAACAAAUCUGAGCCAUGGGAAUUGCCAUGGAAAGCAAAAAUGGGAGAGAAAGAAUGGUACUUUUUCUGUUUGAGGGACAGGAAGUACCCGACCGGCCUGAGGACAAACCGAGCAACUGAAGCCGGUUACUGGAAGGCGACAGGGAAGGAUAAGGAGAUUUACCGCGGUAAAUCGCUUGUCGGGAUGAAGAAAACGCUUGUUUUUUACAGAGGAAGAGCUCCAAAAGGUCAGAAAACCAAUUGGGUGAUGCAUGAGUAUAGGCUUGAAGGCAAGCUCUCUGCCCAUAACUUGCCCAAAACCGCUAAGAACGAAUGGGUGAUAUGCAGGAUUUUCCAGAAGAGUGCCGGAGGGAAGAAGAUACCGAUCUUGGGUCUUGUCCGAAUCGGUUCGUUCGGAACCGGCUUAGAUCCGUCCGGUUUACCUCCCUUAACCGAUUCUUGGCCCGAAAAAACCAAAACCGAACCGGUCUACGUGCCCUGCUUCUCCAAUCCAACUGAAAACCAAGGAAACACGCUCAGUUGCUUCAGCAACCAUGUCCUGAGCUCCAUCCACAACAACAACAACAGCACUUUCCCUAGAAUCUCACUCCACCAAACUGGAUCCAUACCGGUUUCAGAAAACCCGCAAAACCCUAACCCGGUUCUGAUGCAAGAGCAGUCAGUUCUAAGGGCGAUGAUGAUGAUCGAGAGCAGAGGAAGGCACAGCUUCAAAACGUUGAGUGUUUCGCAAGAAACCGGUGUUUCCACUGAAAUCAACACUGAUAUAUCGUCGGAUUUCGAGUUCGGGAGGAGGCAAUUCGAUCAUCAAGAAGAUCCGUCUUCCUCUGUAGGACCUCUUGAUCUUGAUGAAUCCUUUUGGAAUUACUGAAGAUUCAAAGCUCAACCCGAUGAAUUACACUGUCAAAGAAGUAAGCCAAAAAAACAAUUGCAGGUUUUCACCUGUACUACUAUGGUAUGGUGUGUGAAGGUUGUAUAGAUUAUUGAUAUUACCACUAUUAUUUUUAUUAUUACGGAUGUUUUAUAUGAUAUAAUUUAAAAUUAAAAUUUGAUUAUUUGAUAGAGAUGAACAGAUGAAGCAAUUAAAAUUUGUAAAAAGUAACAAAAAAGGUUCGAUGAUGAAAAUCUGGUUGUGGGAUUUUCAAGUUAUUGAGUGAAUCUGUAUAA